UGUUGACGUGUGCAGAUGUGCGUGUCCGUAUCUAUAAAUACCUCCGUCCCUCCUCGGGGAGAGGGUGUGCAACAAUACCAUCUUCUUACAGUCAGAAAUCCACAUCUGCUAAUGGCUGGAGCGAUCAAGGUCGGGACGUGGGGCGGGAAUGGAGGGUCCGAGUGGGACAUGGGCCCUGCUUACCGCAUCGACAGCGUCAAGAUUAACGCUGGGGACAUCAUCGACGCGAUCGAGAUCACCUUCACCCGUUAUGGGUUGACCGAGACCCAACACUACGGUGGAACGGGUGGCGAACCCCAUGAGAUCGCUUUCGAGGAUGGAGAAUACAUUAUGUCGAUGGAGGGACAUGUGGUUGACUACUUUGGGUUGACCAUCAUAGGGAAACUUACUCUAACCACCAACAGGAGAACCUUCGGCCCUUUCGGAGCGUACGAGGGAACUCCCUUCUCCAUUCCUGUAGCGGAGGGUAAGAUUGCAGGGUUCUUUGGACGUGCUGGUUCUUUCAUAGAUGCAAUUGGGGUUUACUUGAUGCCCAACUAGAAGAAGAAGAAGGGUUCCUAACAUUCGGAUGCUCCAAUGAACAAGGAUUGCUGUUUGCUUGCUGUGUGUGUGUGUGGUUGCUACAAUAAAUGAUUUGGAUGCUCCGAUAAGUCCUAAGUGUUGUAAUAAAUAAGUUGGAUGUUUCUUUAAAUAAAAUUAUUAUUGUGUACUUUGAUAAA